AUGGAAUGGUGUGGCAUGCAUGCAUCCAACAGAACCAAGGUGGUGUUAGUGGCAUCCAAUCCAAAAUGGCGUUGGUGCAUCCAACACAAAAAUGGUGUUAGACGUUUCCAAAACCAAAAUGGUGUUGGACACAUCCAAAACCAAAAUGGUGUUGGACAUAUCCAAAACCAAAAUGAUGGUGUUGGACAUAUCCAAAACCAAAAUGGUGUUGGACACAUCCAAAACGAAAAUGGCGUUGGACACAACCAAAACGAAAAUGGUAUUGGAGACAUCCAAAACCAAAAUGAUGUUGGACACAUCCAAAACCAAAAUGGUGUUGGACACAUCCAAAACCAAAAUGGCGUUGGACACAACCAAAACGAAAAUGGUAUUGGACACAUCCAAUACCAAAAUGGUGUUGAACACAUCCAAAACCAAAAUGGUGUUGGACAUAUGCAAAACCAAAAUGGUGUUGGACAUAUCCAAAACCAAAAUGGUGUUGGACAUAUCCAAAACCAAAAUGGUGUUGGACAUAUCCAAAACCAAAAUGGUGUUGGACAUAUCCAAAACCAAAAUGGUGUUGGACAUAUCCAAAACCAAAAUGGUGUUGGACAUAUCCAAAACCAACAUGGUGUUGGACACAUCCAAAACCAAAAUGGUGUUGGACAUAUCCAAAACCAAAAUGGUGUUGGACAUAUCCAAAACCAAAAUGGUGUUGGACACAUCCAAAACCAAAAUGGUGUUCGACACAUCCAAAACCAAAAUGGUGUUGGACAUAUCCCAAACCAAAAUGGUCUUGGACAUAUCCAAAACCAAAAUGGUGUUGGACACAUCCAAAACCAAAAUGGUGUUGGACACAUCCAAAACCAAAAUGGUGUUGGACAUAUCCAAAACCAAAAUGGUGUUGGACAUAUCCAAAACCAAAAUGGUGUUGGACAUAUCCAAAACCAAAAUGGUGUUGGACACAUCCAAAACCAAAAUGGUAUUGGACACAUCCAAAACCAAAAUGGUGUUGGACACAUCCAAAACCAAAAUGGUAUUGGACACAUCCAAAACCAAAAUGGUGUUGGACACAUCCAAAACCAAAAUGGUGUUGGUUGCACGCAAAACCAAAAUGGUGUUGGACGCAUCUAA